GCUAGUCCUCGGGUCCGGGUUCGACUUCGACUUGGCUGCUCCGGCUCAGACCCAGACACCGACCCGACGAACCCCUCUCCCUCAGCCCCUCCGCCGACCCCUCCGAUUCCGGCUGCCGGCCGCCGGGGAGCAGCAGCGGCAUGCCGCCCAAGCGCGGGCGCGGGAGGCCGCGUAGGGAGGUCCCGGCCGCCGCAGACGAGGCGAGCGGCGGGGGGACGGACGACGACCUAGGUCUCCCGCCCAUCCCCUCCGCCUCCACCGCCGACGAGCCCACGCGCGGGCGCGGGCGCGGUCGGGGUAGGCGCGGCAGGCGCGGCCGGGGGGGCCGCGGGCGAGGGCGAACGCCCGCCGUCAAAGCCGAGGAGAACGGUGUGGACAAGGGCAACGAAGAGAUGCCACAGCAGGAUUCUGCCGAGGAGAAAGACGCACAAGGGGGAACGGAGAACUCGAGACCAGCAAGAAAACGCAGGAGGGGGGAUCCUGUUGCUGACCUCUCAUCUCUUGAGCCUCGGCCCGCACGAGUUAGGAGGAAGCCGAAUCUUAUUCCGGUGGUAGAUGAUCCACCUAAGGUGAAAGCCAAGGUGAAAGCUCAGAAUACAAAAAGGAUAGAUGGAACCUCAACCAUGUGUCAUCAAUGCCAGAGGAAGGACAAAGAAGGAGGAGUUGUGCGCUGCCUGGGCUGCAAAGAAUAUAGGAGGAGAUACUGCAUGGUGUGCAUAAAGCGCUGGUAUCCACAUUUAACAGUAGAUGACUUUGUCAAUAGUUGUCCAUUUUGUCGCAAUAACUGCAACUGCAAGACCUGCCUGCGGAAAAACAUAAUAGACAAGGUUGACAAAUGGCAAGUAUCUGAGGAAGAUAUAGUCAAAUUCUCUCAUCGAAAUUUGCACUUCUUGCUCCCAUGGUUGAAAGACUUUCACCAUGAGCAGAUACAAGAGAAAUCUGUUGAGGCAACAAUUAAAGGCAUUGAUGCAUCUGAAGUGAAGGUCACUCAGGCUGAAUGUGAAGAAAGUGAGCGGAUAUACUGUAACAACUGCAGAACAUCUAUAUUUGACUUCCACCGAAGCUGUGAUAAAUGUUCCUAUGAUCUCUGCCUGAGCUGCUGCCGGGAGCUUCGUGAUGGACUUAGUCCUGGCGCUGCUGCUGCAAAUAGCAUGAUCCCUACGCAACCUGGGGUAGAAGGCCUGGAAGAUUUGCAACAGAGUAGUCAUGGCAAUGUUGCAAGUCCAAAGCCUUCUGAUGGGCAGAAUGAUGUUUUGAUGGACAGUGCAAUUCCUGUUGAGGAUAAUGCUCCUGGUUUGAGACAAUGGAGGGCGAAUAACAAUGGAAGCAUACCUUGCCCGCCAAAUGCUUUUGGUGGUUGUGGAGAUUCUGUUCUUGAACUUAAGUCAUUGUUGAAGGAGAAUAUAAUUUCUGACUUAUUGGAGAAGGCUGAUUUUGUGGUCAACAACGAAAGAAUGCUGGAGGUGGGAGGCUCAAAAUGUUCCUGCUCUACGGACUCUGGUGAGGUGACCAAUGGGUAUAAAUUGGCUUGUAGAGAGAACUCAAGUGACAACUACAUAUACUGCCCAAAUGCUAGAGAUGUUCAAAAUGGAGCUUUAGAUCAUUUCCAGGAGCACUGGCUGAAGGGUGAGCCUGUUAUUGUUCGUAACGUGCUUGAGUUAACUUCUGGGUUGAGCUGGGAACCAAUGGUUAUGUGGCGGGCUUUACGAGAAAGGAAAGAGAAGGAUGAACAUGAGCGGCUCUCUGUUACAGCUCUUGAGUGUCUGUCUUGGUCUGAGGUUGAAAUAAACACCCACUUCUUUUUUGAUGGGUAUUCCCGUGGAGCUGUUGGUCCAGAGGGUUUGCCUGUGUUACUCAAGCUUAAAGAUUGGCCACAACACAGCUCAUUUGAGGAUCGACUGCCACGACAUGGCGCUGAGUUCAUGUCUGCCUUGCCAUUUCGUGAAUAUACAGAUCAUAAAUCUGGUCCUCUUAAUCUUGCAGUGCAGCUUCCAGAAAAUGUCAUAAAGCCAGACCUUGGUCCAAAGACUUACAUUGCGUACGGCGUUGCCAAGGAAUUAGGAAUUGGUGAUUCAGUCACCAAGAUUCAUUGCGACAUGUCUGAUGCGGUUAAUAUCCUAACACAUACUGAUGAAAUAAAGCUCAAAGAACAAAGGGUUGUCGCGAUUGAGAAAAAGAAAAAGAGUUUGGCAAUAAGGGAUUACAGCAGAAAUCUUCAAGCUUCACAAAUAGGUCCUGAUAGUGACACGUCGAUAGCUCUCAGUGAAUUAGUCAAGGGGCCGAGACCUGAAGGAUCUGGACAUGGCUCAUUCAUUAAGCAGCCAUUAUCAGAUGCUGUUUUAGAUGGGCGGGACGGGGUUCAUAAAGAUGUGGCAGCUGAUCAAGCUGAGCGGAACUUGACUGUCAAUGGGCGAGCACCCAUUGAAUGUGAAGGGAUUCACAAAGAUGUGGCAGCUGAUGAAGCCGAGGGGAACUUGACGGUGAAUGGGCAAGUGUCCAUUGUAGGUGAUGCGGAUCAUAUGGAUAUUUCAGUCACCAAGGAGGCAGCAGAAGCCACAGUUAAUGAUAGGGAGAAGGUCGGUUGUGGUUUCAGCAGUGAAGAUAAAAGUGCAUCUCCAGAUAAUUCUGAAGGAUCUUCUGAACCUAAUGGCCAUCAAAUACACCGCAGGAGACAUUGGCUUCGUUCUUCUAAUGCAUCAAAGAGAAAAAAGGAAGCAAGCACAGAAGAUGAAGAUAAAAGUGAACCUCCAGAUAAUUCAGAAGGAUCUUCUGAACCUAAUGGUCGUCAAACACACCGCAGGCGACGUGGUUCUUCUAAUGCAUCAAAGAGAAAAAAGAAAGCAAGAACAGAAGAUGAGGUGCCUGGGCCCAUAACUCUCGAGCCAAAAGAUGAUGAUCUCCCAUUUGUAGAGGAAAACCAACCAGAGGGUGGUGCCUUGUGGGAUAUAUUCCGACGGGAAGAUGUCAGCAAACUACAUGAUUAUCUAAUAAAGCAUUCAGAGGAGUUUAGGCAUUACAAGUAUGAACCAGUGAAGAAGGUUAUUCACCCUAUACAUGAUCAGUGCUUUUACCUAACAAAUGAGCACAAGAGGAAACUUAAGGAAGAAUAUGGAGUUGAGCCUUGGACAUUUGAACAGAAGCUUGGUGAUGCAGUCUUUAUCCCUGCAGGAUGUCCCCACCAAGUCAGAAAUUUGAAGUCUUGUAUAAAGGUCGCACUUGACUUUGUUUCGCCGGAAAAUUUACGAGAGUGCAUCAAGUUGACAGAAGAAUUUCGUCUGCUUCCAAACUGGCAUAGGGUGAAUGAAGAUAAGCUAGAGGUUAAGAAGAUAGCUUUUCAUGCAAUCAAAGAAGCCAUUUAUGAUAUCUCCAAUGGUGGCAAGAAAAGACCUAAAAAGGAACCUGCUGGGCGUGGUAAAAAGAAAGCUGGUCGUGGUCCAGGAAAAAGGAAAACUGGCCGUCGUUGUCGAGGGAAAAAGAUACCUGGUCCAAGUGAAUCCGCAGAACCAGAGGAGCAUGAAGUGCAAGGAGAAUCAGCUCUGGACAUGUCUGAAGCUGAAGGUGGACCUGCAGAAAUGGAGGAGCACGAAGAACAGUCAGCUGAGGACAUGUCUGAAGAUGAUGAAGACGAAGCUGCAGAAAAGGAGGAGUGCCAAGAAGAAUCUGCUCUGGACAUGUCAGAAGCUGAAGAUGGACCUAGUGAGUCAGCGCAGGACAUGUCUGAGUUUGAAGAUGAGCCUGCAGAAGUGGAGGAGCAGCAGAAACAAUCAGUUGAGAACAUGUCUGUACCUAAAGAUGAGCCUGCAGAAAUGCAUCAGGAAGAGUCAGCUCAGUACAUGUCUGCACCUGCAGAAGCGGAGAAGCCCCAAGAAGAAUCAGGUCAGGACAUGCCUGAAGCCGAAGACAAAGCUGCGAAAAUGGAGGCGUCUGAAGCUGAAGCUGGACAGCUAGAGGCUCAGGAUCACCAUAAGCAACCAGCUGAUGGCACGCCUGAGGUUAAACAGGAGCAGCUCCAGAAGCAAUCAGCUGAGGCCAUGCCAACCCUGGCGCCAUGAGAGUAUCCUCUCGCUGCUUGACUUUGCGCCCGUCACCUGAGAACCUGACCUGCGGCGUCGUCUUUUGACUUGGGCCAUGUUCCUUCCACCCGUAUGACCUGCUGUAGCGUUUUGAGGGAGACUGUCGAGCUCCCUGACCCCUGAGCCUUGCCCGUAUGACUAUAUCUAUAUCGAAGGCGCUCCAUAGCUGCGGCUGCGGCUGCGGAGCGUGGCAUAGUGGUUGGUUGUCUUUCUGUGGGCCCCUUGUUUAUUUUGGUGGUAAUAAUAGUAGUACUAGUGCUGACAGCAGGGUUGCUGUAUACGUACCUUGUAAGCCUGGGACUUAGAUAUGAAUCAUGCAUCGCAUGCUAUCGACCUCUAGUGACCAUAUUGCAACUUGA